GACGAAGGAAGAAUAGGGGAGAGAGAGAAAGGGAGUGCUCGAAUCCUGAAGCCCAGGCGACCACAGGAAGAGGGAGAUCUUUGGGCGUGGGAAUGGCGGAAGGAGAGAGGAGGGGAGGGGGAGAGAGAGGAGAAGAGAGCGUGAAGCUGUUCGUGGGGCAGGUACCCAAGCAGAUGGCGGAGGAGGAGCUGCGGGCCUUGUUCAAGGAGGUGGCGCUCGUCGACGAGGUCAGCAUCAUCAAGGACAAGGUCACCAAGGCAUCCCGAGGUUGCUGCUUCCUGAUCUGCCCGUCGCGCGAGGAGGCCGACAAGGCGGUCGCCGCAUACCAUAACAAGCGGACGCUCCCCGGUGCUUCUAGUCCAAUGCAAGUAAAGUAUGCUGAUGGAGAGCUUGAAAGACUAGAACACAAGCUUUUCAUAGGAAUGAUUCCAAAGAAUGCAUCCGAUGCUGAAGUUGCAGCAUUGUUUUCGAAAUAUGGUACUAUUAGGGACUUACAGAUCUUGAGAAGUUCUCAACAAACAAGCAAAGCAGGCUGUGCAUUCCUGAAAUAUGAAACAAAAGAACAAUCUUUGGCAGCACUUGAAGCCUUGAAUGGAAAACAUAGGAUGGAGGGUUCAAGUGUGCCUCUGGUUGUUAAGUGGGCAGACACAGAGAAGGAAAGGCAAGCUCGAAGAGCACAAAAAGCUCAAUCUCAGGCCUCCAGCCUUGCUUAUGGUAAUUCAAUGCAUCAGCCAUCAAUAUUUGGUGCUUUACCAAUGGGCUAUAUUCCUCCGUACAAUGGAUAUGGGUAUCAGCCACCUGGAACUUAUGGGCUUAUGCAAUACCCUUUACCUUCAAUGCAAAGCCAAGCUGCAUUUCAUAAUAUGAUCCCACCUAUUAAUCAAGGAAAUACACUACGUGGGGUCAGUUCUGAUGUUUCUCCAGGCACGGCUUCUAGAAGUUUUAAUACAGUACAAUCCGGUGGCUUUAUAAGUUCACCAUAUCCCACUUUGCCAGGUCUUCAGUAUCGAUUAUCAUAUCCAACGACUGCCAGGCAUCUGGGCUAUUCCCAUGUCUCAGGCCACCCGGUUAACAUGAAGGCUAAUCUGGCAACACCUUCAGGCCCUAGCACAACUUCUGGGGGACAGAUCGAAGGCCCUUCUGGUGCAAAUUUAUUUAUAUACCAUAUUCCACAAGAAUAUGGAGAUGAGGAGCUCUCAAAUGCUUUUCAGGGAUUUGGCAGGGUUUUGAGUGCUAAAGUUUUCGUAGACAAAGCAACCGGUGUUAGCAAAUGUUUUGGUUUCGUAAGCUACGACUCACCUGCAGCUGCCCAGGCUGCCAUCAGUGUGAUGAAUGGCUUCCAAUUAGGUGGUAAGAAGUUGAAGGUCCAACUCAAGAAGGAAAACAAAGUAAACCUUGUUGAUGGUGAGAUCCGUCUGAGAAGGUAGCAAGUCACUGUGGCCUUCAUUCUCUGCAACACGAGUGAAUGGAAGAUAACUGAUUCUUAGCAAUUUGCUCAUUCUAUCAUGUUUUAGAAGUGCCAACUUUACCUGAUUCAUUCUUGAAAUGGUACAAAUGCUGUAUUUUACUUUCAAUUCUUUUGUCUUGUAAUUUAUGUACCAUGGGAGUUUCAUUAGACAUUUAACAAUUUAAUUCAUUCUUUUUUUCCUAUCA